AUGAGCGAAAAGCGCCGAUACCAAGGCUACGAUUACAAUACCGUCGUUCGAAAGCCGAGUCAGCCAGCGUCGAAACGGCGCAAGGGCCACAACCUCACGAAAGCCCCCACGUUCAAGCAGUCGACACUACCUGUAGCAUCGCAAGAGCAAAGCUUCGAGAAAGCGAGUCGAAGCCCUUUCGUAGUCGAUCUGACCCAAGAUGACGAACCAGCAGCCACGAAAGCGAAGCCCAGCGAGACCCGACCCUCGAUAUGUACGUGCGGCAGCGUCAUGCUUCGAGAGGCUAGCGAGACAGUCAGGUGUGCCAACGAGAGCUGUAAGAUCGGGACAUAUCACAAAGUCUGCGUUGGUCUAUCUAGCGCCAAGUACAGAGAUAACUCAAACUGGCGAUGUCGAGCAUGCCGACAGGCUGCGCCAGCAUCCUCCAUAUUGCCACCACCAGACGUGCUAGCCGAUUACACUCCUCCUGCGAACGCGACAGUCAUACCAGUUCCUCUGGACGCUCCCGAACCGCCUCUCCACGAAGAACAAUUCAAAGUGGUCGACUGCAUCGAGAACGGACACAAUGUCUUCUACACCGGCUCAGCAGGUGUCGGAAAAUCGACGGUCCUCAAGGCGUUCGUGAAGGGUCUAAAAGCGCAAGGCAAACACGUGGACAUCAUAGCUCCGUCCGGUAUUGCAGCUCUCGCGAUUGGAGGGUCUACGAUCUACUCAUACGCUGGCUGGCAUCCGGAUGUCUUCAAGGAGGGCAUUGAGAAGUUGAUCAACAAGGCGAACGGCAAGACUGUGCGAAAGAGGUUGUGUCAGACAGAUGUCUUGGUUAUUGAUGAGAUCUCCAUGGUGGAAAGUGAUAUGCUGACUCGGCUCGAUGCGGUGAUGAGAAUGGUAAGAAACGGUUGGAAGCCCGAGUACGGCGACAAGAAGAAGGUCAUGUCUCCUCACACCGCACGAUUGGCUUUUGGUGGAGCUCAGAUCGUGAUCACGGGUGACUUUUGUCAGUUGCCGCCAGUCAAAGCCUUCCACUAUUGCUACCACUGCGGCGCAGAAGCAACCGAUAACGGCAACCAGGACGGCAGCUCCAAGAAGUGCCGUCGCUGCAAUCUCGUGUACGAGGACAAGGACAAGUGGGCAUUUCGCAGCCCUGCUUGGGCAGCAGCCCAAUUUACCUGCUUCGAGCUCAAACACAUACACCGGCAAAGAGACGCAAAGUUCAUCUCAGUACUGCAGAAGUGUCGCACCGGUCAGCCACUGUCGCAGGACGAUCAGGUGUUACUCCUACAGAAGAAAACGAUUCAGAAUCCAGUGAAGCUACUGCCUACGAAAGCGCAAGUCACCGUGCAGAAUCACCAAGGUCUCCUUAUGUUGCGGAGCACUCCACGCAGGUACGAAUGUCUUGACUACUACAAUUGGCGUAACAAGGAGGAAACGGAUCUGCAGUGGAAAGGGAAGCCCCUAUAUCCUGAUCGUGAGGAUGGACCCAAAGCUGCUCUUAAGGACCACAGGUUUGAGGAGCAGAUCGAGCUCAAGGUGGGCAUGCUCGUCAUCCUACUUGUGAACAUGGAUCUUGACCUCGGUCUCGUAAACGGCAGUCAAGGCAAAGUCGUCGGGUUCGAGCAGUAUGAUCCGCGCAUACAACUAGUGCAAAGACCUCCAGCCUCUUCACCAUCUAGGAGUGGUCGAGGCUCAGAGGCUUCUGACGCAAUGAACGAAGCCGCAGCCCUCAAAGAAGACCAGAUCCGCCAAUUCAUCCAGCGGGCACCGGAGCAAGUCUGGCCGGUCGUCGAAUUCAACAACGGCAUCAAAAGGACCAUCUACGGACACUGUCAGACCCAAGAGUUGGGCGUAGAGAAGCCAUACAGUGUGCUUGCGCGAACGCAGAUUCCGCUUGUUGCUGCUUGGGCGAUCACGAUUCACAAGUCACAAGGCAUGACACUAGAUCGUGUAUCGGUCGAUCUGUACAGCAGCUUCGAGAAGGAGAUGGUGUACGUUGCUUUGUCUAGAGCUCGUACCCUGGAGGGGCUGGAAGUUGUGCGACUGCCGCGAGAGCACAAGAAGGGCAUGAAUGGCGAAGUGUUGAAGUUUCUGCAGGACAAUGGGCUCUACUCGUGA